AUGUCUACGGGUGCCGAGUUGCUUUCGAAGGCUCUGCAGCUGCAACACACUCGCUGCGAAACGUAUAGACUGUGGGAUGCAAAGUUUCACUGUGCAUUGGGUGGCGCCUUAAGUGCCUCAGACUUUGAAACGGCAGUUAACAACAGCAUUAUAGCAGCCUUUCGGUGCGUCAGCUUAUCGUUUCGGGAACUGCAAUGCUUGUGUAGAGAUUCGACGGACGAUGCUUGCCGGUUCCUUUGCGUGUGGAUCGAUGAACUUCAGGAGCUUGAGCAACGGCACUACAACAUUUCUGUGCAGUUUGCGCAGCUUGUUGUUCAGCACUGCACUGCACUACCUCUUCAUUCCAGCACUUCACAGACAGAUAUGUGUCAAACCGCUGCUAAUGAAGAGGCGGAAAAUUCAGGCGUAGAAAACGGCUCAAAAGAGGUGCAGGGAACGGCUGAUGUUAGCGAAAAUGAGAAAUCUACUGUGGCUAAUGGAGAGAGGAAUAACAGUAGCGAAGUGAUCUGCGCCAGCCUCCAUGACCGCCAGUUGUGCGAGUUACAACGUAUAAUUCCACUCCAAGCACAGAGCGUGCUUAAUUACGUGACAUGCAGGGACGACUUUUUCCCAUCUUCGAGUGACGAUGAAUGUGAGGGCGAUCAAACUGGCGGCGACGGAUGUACAAGCAACGGCGCUGAUAGCGAACCGGGAGAUUUGCUUGUUCCAUUUCAUCACAAGUCUGGGGUUGUCGCUACAUACUCACCUGGUGAGGUGAAGAAGCGGUGUGCCACAUUUAACGCUGCGGUUAUGCCGCUCUGGCGUUCUAAACUACGGUUACGACAGCAACUACAGGAGAAGAUGGAUGAGUUGCAGGAGGAGAUUACUUCGGCUUCGUCUGUUUUUCCGUGA